CAGAGAGGGGCGAUGGAGGAGCAAGGGAAACAGAGGCCGGACGGCGACUUACGGUGAUUGAUCAGCGAGGACGGCCGGUGCCAUCUUCGGCGACGACGGGAACGACGGCGUCAACGACGAUCAGGGGAAAUGGAAGAAAGGGACUCGCCGGCGCUAUUAUAGGAUCUCGCCGGCGACGAAGAUGACGACGGCAGGGUGGUGUCCCUGUGCUAUAGGAAAAGGCGAGUACCGAGACUGCACCGCCGCCGAGGACAGUAACGCCGGUGACAGGAUAAGAGUUUCGUUAAGAAGAAGUUGUCUCUUUGUGGUGGGCUUGUGGCUGGAAAAAGAAGGUGAAAGAAGUGGAAGAGGGUUUCAGGCUGUGGCUGUGUGUUUUGGAAGGGAAGGAGUUUGGGAAUGAUCAAGAGAUGAAGAAGAAGAGAGGGAGUCUGCAGGGGGU